AUGUUUCGUAAGAGCGGCAGAACACUAUUGCUGCUGCUCCCCAGCAAGGCUCUGAUUGUGGUGUUGUGCUGUGCAUCCAUCAGCUUACCCUACGCCCUGGCCACCUACGUACGAAUGGGGCAAAGUGCAGCAGUGCGUUUACCAACACCGCAAGCAACGAGUUGUAGUGAUUUAUUUUCGAUCGAUCAUGAGGAUGCCUAUCGGAAACAGUACGAAGGCACGAUCGUACUUCGUCCAAAUGUAACGAUCCGUUACGUCCAGUUGGUGGUUCAGUUUGAUCGCGAAGUGGAACAACUCACGAAUUACUUUGGAAGGAUCAGCACCAUUGACCACGUGAGCUUUCACAUUGCCAAUCUUACGUACCCAUUGCGCGCCGGCACUGUUGUUAAGAUACCACUGGAAGUGUCCUACACAUCUGUCGCUCAACCGACGAUCGUACGGAUCGAAGUAAACGGCGUUACGAUUUGUCCGAUAAACAUUUUAAGACCUUUGGUAAGAAAUUUCCGUGAUCCAUGGACAGGAAGUUUAAUCACCGGUACAAGCAACACAAAUCAACCAGAAAUACACUUUCGCAAUGGAACUGCAGAACCGGCAAAUCAGUUCAACUCUUCCUGCCAAGCCAUCCGUUCCGGGGUGAUCACUUCGCCUGGGCGCUGGGAUGGGGUGAUAGAGCUCGUGGCAGAAAACACCGUUGACCGCGCGCUGAUAGAGAUCGUGUUUGACCAGCCGGUGUACUUGUUGGGGGUAAGGAACCCGUUCGGCGAAGUAACGACCGAGGAUAGUGUGCGGUUUCGGAUCGAAAAUCGAACCUUCAUCCUGGCGAAGGAUGCCGAAAUUGAGCUGAACUUCUUCAUUCGCUACAAUCAGAUGAGACCGAUACCGGACGUUGUGGAGGUGAACUUUAAUGGGCAUAACCACUGUCAGCAGCGGAAACGACGCGUCUUGGACGAACCGCGGGACGAGAGACAGCUCAGGAGAACGACUAGUACCACCACAGAGCGCGCUGUGCCUUGGGGAAAUGUUCAGCAACCUACAACGGAGGAACCUCACGGUAGUGCGGGUUGGCCAUUGGAGCAGAACGAAUGUGCUACUGUUUUGGAACCCAUCGGGACUCGUAUACGAUCGCGUAUAAUUGGAGGAGUGACGUCCAACCAAGGCGAACACCCGUGGCACGUGGCUAUCUAUUUAGAUGAGGAAUAUCAGUGUGGUGGAAGUAUCAUCGGAAGACGCUGGAUCCUAACGGCUGCCCACUGUCUGACACGGCAAAACACGAACGAAACGCUCGACGUGGAUCUGUUUCGAGUAUACAGUGGAAUAAUCGAUAUCAGUACGAUUGAUGAUCACUUUUAUCGAACUGCGGAUGAGGUCAUAAUUCACCGGGAUUAUAAUCCGGUAAUGUACACGACGGAUAUUGGAUUGUUGCGGCUCAAGCGUAACAUCACCUUCAAUAGCUUCAUAAAACCCGUCUGUCUUUACAAUCGGACGGUGGACAUUAGUACGUUCUAUGGUCGGGAAGGAAAGGUUACCGGUUGGGGCUUUAACCGGGACGGAGUGAUUAGUAAUGUGCUUAACUAUCUGGAAGUUCCAGUCGUAUCGCAGAAGGUGUGCUCGCAGCGUAACGUGCAGUUUAAUGGUGUGUUGGCCGUGGGAGAAUCAUUCUGUGCUGGGCAUGCGGAUGGCAAUUCCGUGUGCAAUGGUGACAGUGGUGGUGGAUUGGUCUUUGCCGAAGGUUCACGAUACUACGUGCGAGGCAUUGUGUCGAUCAGUGCCCAGCGCCGAAACCUUCUCCUCUGCGACCCGAACCAAUACUCCGUUUUCACCGACGUUUCCAAAUUUCUUCACUGGAUAAGGCAGCAAGUGUCGUAGG